AUGGCGGUAUGAGGCUGUCCCUGUAUGAGGCAGAGUGUGUGCGUGGGAGUUCCUCCUUUCGCCAUUCCGGGGUGUCGCCGCACCACAGAGCGCACUGAGGGAGUCCUGCGAAGAGAGGCAGCCUCGUACGCUCCAGGCCUUUUCACACCUUCAUCCAGGCCACACGGUGCCCCAGCAUGCCCCAGAAGACAGGUAUCAGCUCAUUAUUCCCCCAGAGACACGCCGCAGACCUCCCCAGCAGACCCGUUUGAAAGAUUACGGAGACACCGAGGGAUGCUACUGCAGCAAACGCACCCCGCAACUACAAACAUUCUCGACGUCUGCCCGAGGACCAGAUACAUUUGGUUGGCCCCUGACAGAAGCCCCCGAGGAUGUCCGACAGCGGUGCGAGCAUGAACUCCGACGAUCGGCCGGUUAAAACGGUCCCCUUCCCCCUGAGCCACAGGCUCUCCAUGAAGGAGGUGUUUGACUGUGAGGGGAAGCCCAGAGUAGACCUGCUAAAAGCCCACCUCACCAAGGAGGGUCGUCUGGAGGAGCUGGUGGCCCUACGUAUCAUCAAUGAGGGAGCCGCCAUCCUGCGCCAGGAGAGGACCAUGCUGGAUAUAGAAGCCCCAGUCACAGUGUGUGGAGAUGUCCACGGUCAGUUCUUUGACCUGAUGAAGCUGUUUGAGGUGGGCGGUUCCCCCGCGACGACACGAUACCUCUUCCUAGGGGACUACGUGGACCGGGGCUACUUCAGUAUUGAGUGUGUGUUGUAUCUGUGGUCGUUGAAAAUCCUCUACCCAAAGACGUUAUUUCUUCUACGGGGAAACCAUGAAUGUAGACACCUGACAGAAUAUUUCACUUUCAAAACAGAAUGUAAGAUAAAGUACUCUGAGCAGGUGUAUGACUCGUGUAUGGAUGCGUUUGACUGCCUGCCGCUGGCUGCUCUGAUGAACCAGCAGUUCCUGUGUGUCCAUGGAGGGCUCUCGCCAGAGAUCCACACGCUCGACGACAUCAAAAAGCUGGACAGGUUCAAGGAGCCUCCAGCGUUCGGACCCAUGUGUGACCUGCUGUGGGCCGACCCACUGGAGGACUUUGGCAACGAGAAGACACAAGAAUACUUCGGCCACAACACAGUCAGAGGCUGCUCCUACUUCUACAGUUACCCUGCGGUGUGUGAGUUUCUACAGACCAACAACUUGUUGUCUGUCAUCAGAGCACAUGAAGCGCAGGAUUCUGGGUACCGGAUGUACAGAAAGAGUCAGACUACAGGCUUCCCCUCCCUCAUCACCAUCUUCUCAGCACCUAACUACCUGGACGUCUACAACAACAAAGCGGCGGUUCUGAAGUAUGAGAACAACGUGAUGAACAUCCGUCAGUUCAACUGUUCCCCUCAUCCCUACUGGCUGCCCAACUUCAUGGAUGUCUUCACCUGGUCCCUGCCCUUCGUUGGAGAGAAAGUGACAGAGAUGCUGGUGAAUGUUCUCAGUAUCUGUUCAGAUGAUGAGCUCAUGGAGAAUGAUGGAGAGGAAGAGGUCUAUGAUGCCAAUGCAGCGGCAGCUAGGAAAGAGGUGAUCAGGAACAAGAUCCGUGCCAUAGGGAAGAUGGCCAAAAUGUUCCAAGUUUUACGGGAGGAGAGUGAGAACGUGCUGACUCUGAAGGGACUGACACCCACUGGCAUGCUGCCCAGUGGAGUUCUGUCAGGAGGCAAGCAGACUCUGCAGAGCGCUACCAUUGAGGCCAUUGAAGCCAUCGAUCCCGUUGAGGACUCAGAAGCGAUCCGAGGCUUCUCUCCUCAACAUAAGAUCAAUAGCUUUGCGGAGGCCAAGGGUCUGGACCGGAUCAACGAGCGCAUGCCCCCUCGCCGUGACGGCGUCAACAGUGUGGGUGUCUCCAUGGGCCGCAUGAACAUGGGGGAGCCCAACGGCACCGACAACAACAGCAAUAUACAGUGAUGCACAUACACACAUUUAUACAUAAACACUAAUACACACACUUAGAUAUAAAGUAAUACCCAUGCAUACACACAUUUAUACAUAAACACUAAUACACACACUUAGAUAUAAAGUACAUACCCACACAUACACACAUUUGACUUACUCACUUAAAGUAAAACACACUUACGGUAAACACACACAUACUUAGACAUACACUUAAACAAGGAUCAUACAGAACACACAGUAAACAUUUAGACCUACACGUAUACACUAAUGGUACACACACCAUCCUCCUCCCCCUACCCUGGCCUGUUGCUCCCCAGCCCGCCUCUCUACCCGUGUGACAAGACUGUGCCAUGGAUGGAUCAGACCUCCUAUCAGACAAACUCCCUGACCAGUUCACACACUACCACAGACCCCUGACCUGACCCACCUGACCACACUACACUACGGAACACUCUACUGGAUGUUCUGGAACACUCCAAUGCAAAACAAAGAGCUACUGUUCUGUUCUCAUUGUGUAGUGGGGCUGACUGGGUGACAUAUGUUACCUUUCUGUUGUGUUGGGGGCAGAGGGAGGGUAGGGCUGACUGGGUGACAGAUGUUACCUUUCUGUUGUGUUGGUACAGGGGAAGGGGAAGGGUGGGGAUUGGGGAGUGGAGGCAUGUAGGUGAGAGGUCGACGGGGGCUGAGGUGGCACGCGGGGGAGGUACUACCUGUCCGUGAUUUACAGUUUCCUCUUCUCAUUUUAAAACAGGAAGUUGUGUCAGCCCUGUUGGUGGUUUACUUCAUUCAUUUUAUUUUAUAAGAUAUCUAGAUAGGGAGAUGGAUAGUUGUCAUGGCGUCCGUGAGUUUAUUUGUGUAUGCGUUUGCAUCUGCGUGUGAAAUUUGAAUGCCAUUUUCAUCUGCAAACAUACAUGGUAGUGCUUUGGAAUAUGUUUUGCUACUAGUACUAUAUGAUAAUAACAGGACAUUGAAAUUAAACAUACUAUUUAUUAACUUCAAGGAAAAGAUGAAGUUGUCAGAAGGUUCAAAAUGCAGUCUUAUUACCUGAGUGUUCUCCAUCUUAUUAAGCCAAUAUGCUCCACUGGCCAGUUAGCCAGUGCUGAGGUGGCACACAGAGUUCACAGUACAUUCACUACACCCCAGGUAGACGCUGCCUCUAAAGUCAGAUAAACAAAACUGACUGUACAUCAGUUUUAGGGGCAAUGUCUGUCUGUUCCACUCUUAUGUUCUAUUGCUGCCAAGUCAGAUGAUUUCCAAAACUGAUCUUAUUUCAGUUUUAAGGACAACUUUUUACCACUUUUACAUAUUUCACUUGCUGGGACUAUCUACACUUUUAUGUUCUAUUGCUGCCAAGUCAAUCAUAGAAAUAGAAAGCAUAGAAUGGACACCUGUAUCAGAGAUUGAAAUGUACAAACAACUAUGAUUGGCUGUUUUGUUGGCAUGCAAUCAGAAUCAGCAAUGAGUGAAGUCUGUUCUAUGCAUUCCAUUUCUAUGGUGUCCUCUUAUGUGCUGUCCAGUAGCCUAUAACCUGAGUCGGCUGUACUGGAGUAAGUCCCUAUUUAUGCUGUUUUGUUCUACUUUGAAAAUGAAAUGGUGUUUUUGGCUGAGUGUGAGCAGUGACUAACAGAAGGUUAUUUAUUUGUAAAGCAUUUAUAAACGCAUCAGUGCAUGCAAUUAAGUUAUUUGAUAAUAAUAAUGUGAAAUUCUAUUUGUGCCGUGUUUCAGUAUGGUAAGUUAUUUUUAUCUUCUUGCUUCAAAUGAACUAAGGGAUGAUAUUUAUUUUUGAAAUCAUUUUCCAGUUUUUAUUUUAUUUGGGGAUUUCGUUUUAUAUUUCAUUUGAGGUUUUUCAUGACUGUAUUAUGAGUUGAUGCAUUGUUUUAUUUUGAUGCUGUACAGACUAGACGUUUGUAUGAGGUGCCAUGCGUUGUGACUAUCGCUCCUCUCUAUGAUGUGCAGGAGUUGUUUUGAAACCUACACUUAGAAAAAAGGGUUCCAAAACGGAUCUUCGGUUGUCCCUAUAGGAGAACCCUUUUCGGUUCCAGGUGGAACCCUUUUUGCUUCCAGGUAGAACUCUUUUGGGUUCUAUGUAGAACCCUCUGUGGAAAGGGUUCUAAAUGGAAUUCAGAAGGGCUCUACCUGGAAUCAAAAAGGGUUCUUCAAAGGGUUGUCCUAUGGGGACAGCCAAAGAACCCUUUUAGGUACUAGAUAGCACCUUUUUUUCUAAGAGUACAAUAGUGUGAAUGAAUAACCGUACUAUAAAAAGACAGACUUACAUUCAGGCAGCCAAAGCAUGAUUGCAUGGUAAACUCAUCUGUAAAAGCAGACACAGUUACAGAAGUUGUCUCAAACAUUUUAAAGGAAAAGUGUAUUCUCUAAUCAUAAUUCUUAAAUUAUAUUCUUGUUAUUUAAUAUUAUUAUUAUAAUUAACAUUAUUCUUAAGCUCUCUGCUAGUUGCUCUUGCGUUUUGCUGAUCCUUGUUUGGUCUCAUUGUGCUUUAUUUUGAGAGGUGAACUUACCGGAGACCUCGUGCCAUAUAGUUUGUGCCAUGGUUCUCUCUCGGACUCCCUUAUUACACAAACUGUAAGCAUGCCCCAUGGGACAAACCACUUUUUUACUCUUGAAUAAAAUAUGCAUGAACCUUUGGCAUA